UCCACUUCGUUGUCUGCUGUGCUAUGGGGCAUGGGCUGACCGCUGACUGUGAAUGAUUUAGCCAGAUUAAGCUUGUUUUUCAACCAAUUUCGGAUACUUUAAGCCCUCGGAUAAACAGAUGGCCGGAAUUAUCUGACCAUCACAUGAAUAGUAUAGUUGACACUGAAGCAAUAAAAGUUGGAACGACGCGUCUUCCAUCUAAUAAACCAGGGUCCACGUGACAUGCUCUGGACAUGAGAUUGUGUAACAUACUAACAUCUGUUGAUAAUUGUAAGGAAUCUCAGGCCUUCAUCGUAAGAGUAUAUAUACAUAUUGGUACCCCCUAACCUUUGUAUGACAUCUCUUGUUCAGCAGAUUGACAUCUUUUACCAAUGCAAGACUCCAUAUGGAUCUGCCUAGGUUAUAGUGGUUAUACCUAACUCACGAACUUUUUACGUACUUCCUCGUUCGGAAAUGGAUUUAUACAUCGCCUAUAUAUACAGCAGUCAGACGCUUAACGAUUCUACCGUCACUUUGACUCAAAUGGAAAUGAAAAGAUGGAUAAUUGCGUUGAUUAUUUGGUGUCCCCUGCUAAUUGUCAUUGGCGGAACAAGAUACUCCAGAAUCAACAAGCAUCUCCGCGUUGCAACCUUCUACAAUCCUCUUGGCGGUAUUGAUAACAUAUCAGUUAAUAAUAAAGGAUUAAUGGAAAACGAAAUACUUGAAACGUUGGCUUACCACUUGAAUUUUACAAGAUAUGACAUUGUAGUUCCCAACGACACCUUACAGCUGGGGCUACCCGGAAAUGAAUCUUGGUCCGGUGUUCUGGGAUUGAUCAAUCGUAAGGAAGCUGACGUUACAAUUUCAUUUGGGCCUGUCAGUUAUCCGAAAUUUUUAGCUUUCGAUGUCACCGUUGGAAUCAUUAUGGACCACAUAGUAAUAAUGAUCCCUUAUCCAGAACAAGGAAUCGAUGCCAGCGGAUUGAUUUCCAAUUUUUGUCCAGUUACGUGGGUAUGCAUUGCAGUUUCUACGGUGAUUGUGACGCUAGUUCUUUGGCUCAUUGGUUGGUUACAAAAAGAAAAGGACGGCAAAAUCGACGGAGGGUUAUUAAUACUAUACAUAUUGGCAAUAACCUUUUCUCAAGGAGGUUAUUUGAUUCAAAAGUCUACCGCUUUUCGCAUGGUUCAGUCCGCUUGGCUUCUGGCUCUUCUUGUCCUCGCCUAUGCUUACAGCGGAUCUCUCAUUUCUAAGCUAACAGCUCCUAAGAAUCGCUUCCUCAUCAAUUCCCUCGAAGACGCUGCAGCCAAUGAAGAUGUAAUGCCAUUAGUUGUGAAAGACUCCAGCAGUCAAGAAGAAUUUUUGUUGUCACCAGUACCCAGUUUCCAGGAAAUAGCUAGACGCUGGCAAGAACAUCCAGAGCUACUGCUCCGGGAUUCAAAUACAGUAGUCGAUCUCAUGUCAAACAAAACGAAUCAUAUCUUUAUUGGGAGUGACAUCAAUGCUAGAGGGAAUAUCGAACGGGAUUACAGAAUAAAUAAGAAAUGCCGAGUCACCUUACUUCCUAAACUGCAGUCCCGAAGUAACGGACUAUUCCUACAGAAGAACAGUAUAUUAACAUCCUCAUUUAACGCUGAGAAUUUGCGUCUCCUGCAAGCAGGAAUAUUACGUCAAAUUGCGGUGAGGCAUUCGUCGAGGUCACCUACGUGUUCUGUUGAUUUGCUAUCGCCCAGCUCAGCUAUUCCAACUCCGCUAAGAUUCAAUCAACUUGAUGCGGCCUUUUACGUUUUAGCCGCUGGAGGUUGUCUAUCGCUCGCCGUCUUUUUUAUUGAGCUUGCCUUUUAUUAUUGGAAGUCAUUUCAGUCACGAGUUAUUGUAAUAUAAACAACAGUUGAAUCAGCA